GUGGAGGCAGCUUUGUGACUUCAAUCUUCCAGUCAGUGAGACAAUAACUUACAACAGAGAGGCACACAGACCAAGGACACAUUCCACCAGCAGAGUGUUUGUCUACAACAGAGAGAAAAGAAGACUGGACUAUUUGUUUGUCUCUCCUUCGGACUGAGAGAAAACCUGGAUGCUGGUUGGUCUGAGCAUUAACUGAAGUGAGGCAUCCAGAAAGAAAACCCUGCGCCACAGCAUCCUACCCAGACAGAGAGACUGGUUCCUGGGUAGAGAGAGGAGCUCCCAUCUCUUCCUGACUGCAGACCCAGAGUCAGACCUUACACUGCAGCCAUGAGGAUCUUGAGCCUGAUGUAUCUGAUGCUUCUGCUAGUGGCUGCUCUGGGAUCAGUUAGUGCUGCCCGACCAGACUUCCUGAAUAUGAGGAGGAAAUACCACCGACAUCACUGCCCCCACCGACGCUGUAUGCCGCUGCACUCCAGAGUCCCAUUUCCCUGAGGAGUUACAGAACAGGAAAAUGGAGAGAAUGAAAGGACAGGAGUGUCUUUGUGACAUCAGCCAGUUAUUGUUCCCCUCCUCACUCCCCCCACCCUGGAACUGGACCAGACACCACAGAGAAGACCGACUGACCACAGAGAAGACUGACUGACCACAGAGAAGACAGGGGGUGUAGCAGGAAGCUGUGCUGUGUAGAGAACUCAGAGAACUAAUAUUGUUGUGGACUGAUAUAGGUCUGAUCAGAACCGUCCAAACUACCUCAUGUACAUAUCAACACCUGAUCAGAACCCGGACUGACUACCUCACGUACAUAUCAACACCUGAUCAGAACCCGGACUGACUACCUCACGUACAUAUCAACACCUGAUCAGAACCCGGACUGACUACCUCACGUACAUAUCAACACCUGAUCAGAACCUGACUGACUACCUCAUGUACAUAUCAACACCUGAUCAGAACCACGACUGACUACCUCAUGUACAUAUCAACACCUGAUCAGAACCUGACUGACUACCUCAUGUACAUAUCAACACAGUACCUGGCAAAGACAUUUACAUUGAGUAUAUUGAAUACAGCUCACAUGACAUUUAUACAACAUACAGAUCAAGUGUUAAUAUGUAGGUAUUUAAUGCACUUCAAAUGUUUUA